GAAAAGUAUUCAGAUUGUCGGGAAGUCUGAAACAGAUCAAAAGUAAAAAAUCUAAAAUGAAAGUGAUCGCCGCGGUUUUUCUUUGUGCUCUCAUUUUUCGCGAUUCGCUGACUCUGCCUCCCUCAACGCAUCUACCACCCGCCAACGAGAUCCCAGGUGAUACCAUUUGCGGAAAAGACAUAGCGAUGUCCCAAGUAGUAGGAGGGAAGGAAGCACUCCGCACUGACUUCCCCUGGAUGGUGUUGUUGGAGUUCCUCAAAGGAAAAUAUCUCGGUACACAAUGUGCGGGAUCGGUGAUUACUAGCCAAUAUGUUGUAACAGCAGCACACUGUCUGGACGAAGACGAUGAGGACAGUCCCGGGAAACUUCAAUCUGUGAUAUUGGGCGUACAUAACAGGAGUUCCCUCAUUGAUUGUCAGGGAGAGGCAUGCGAACCCGGCGUUAUGAAGGUGGACGUCGAGGAGACGCUGAUGCACCCGGGCUAUGUCAACCGAAAAACCAAUUACUCCGUGCACGAUAUUGCCCUGAUACGUUUGGCAAAAAAGGUUCCUUAUACACCUUACAUUCAUCCGGUUUGUCUACCCUCGCUCAAGAAAGUGCAAGGCUGGAUUUCAGGUCACCUUUUCUUCGCAGCAGGAUGGGGUCGGACUGGGUCAAGUUAUAUGAGUGAGACCAAGCGAAAAGUGGGGUUAAACUUUGUGGAAAAAGAUAGAUGUAGCCGCAAGUGGUUAGAAAAGGAACGCGUUAGGUUGAUAGAAUCUCAAAUAUGUGCCGGCGGUAAGGAGGGAAAUGACACCUGCCAUGGGGAUUCCGGGGGGCCUCUGAUGACAUUUCAAGAAGGAGUCUGGUUUCUGGAAGGUAUAGUGUCCUUUGGCCACAAGUGCGCACAAAACGGUUGGUCUUCUAUAUAUACGGACGUUAGUAAGUACGAAGACUGGAUCAAGGAGAACAUGAGGCCUGUCUCAACGCCUCUACCACCUGCCAACGAGAUCCCAGGUGAUACCAUUUGCGGAAGAGACAUAGCGAUGUCCCACGUCCUGGGAGGGAAGGAAGCACUUCGCACUGAGUUCCCCUGGAUGGUGUUGUUGGAGUACCACAAUGGAGAUGAUAUUAAUACACAUUGUGCGGGAUCGCUGAUUAGUAACCAAUAUGUUAUAACAGCAGCGCACUGUCUGGACGAAGAAUCUAAGCGCAGUCCCGGAAAUCUUCGAUCUGUGAUAUUGGGCGUACAUAACAGGAGCUCCCCCAUUGAUUGUCAAGGAGGGAGAUGCGAACCCGGCGUUAUGAGGGUGGACAUCGAGGAGACGCGGAUGCACCCCGAUUAUGUCAACGGAUCCGACAACUCCGUCCACGAUAUUGCCCUGAUCCGUUUGGCAAAUAAGGUUCCUUAUACACCUUACAUUCAUCCUGUUUGUCUACCCUCGAUCAAGAAGGUGAAUGGCUGGGAAUCAGGUCGGCUUUUCUUCGCAGCAGGAUGGGGUCGGACUUCGUCAGGUUAUAUGAGUGAGACCAAGCAAAAAGUGGGGUUAAACUUUGUGGAAAAAGCUAGGUGCAGCCGCAGGUGGCUUCGAGAUGGCGUUAACUUGACAGAAACUCAGAUAUGUGCCGGCGGUAAGGAGGGAAAGGACACCUGCCAAGGGGAUUCCGGGGGACCACUGAUGUCAUUUCAAGAAGGAGUCUGGGUUCUGGGAGGUAUAGUGUCCUUUGGUCAUAAAUGCGGUCAGAAGGGUUGGCCUUCUAUCUAUACGAACGUUAUUAUGUACGAUGACUGGAUCAAGGAGAACAUGAGGCCAUAGAAAAUGGUUAUUAUAUUUAAUUAUUAUUCUAAAUUAUCACGAAUAUAUAAAAUUUUCUCAAUAUAAACGUGGCGAGAAAAUCGGAAUUUCCCAGAAACAAUAAAAUUGUGUUUCACUUGUAGA